AUGUCCUCUCGUCGGUACAAUACAGUACAUGACCAUGCAGCUCUUCGUCUACACCCGGACGGUACUCGUGUCAAGAACGCUGAUGUAAAUCAAAUUUCACGCAGAGGCAAAUACUCUGUCCGCGAUGUGAGAGGCAAUUGGAUUGCACAGGACGCGGGGGGUCUUGGAAGGGUAAAGUUGCGACGGUCCAUAGCUCACUUGGACCAUGCGGACGACAGUCAUGAGGGCGAGACACAUGAUCUGGCUGGGGCUGGGUUGACACAGGGCGAAGACAAGGAAGACACCACAAGAGACGGUGGCGAUGACACCCUAAGAGAUCGUCGGGCGAAGAAACGACGCAGAUUUUAUUCAGAUUGGACUUUUUUAGAGACACCUGGUGGGAGUACAAGCAGUACGACGCCCGCCUCAGCGCCCGCUGGGCAAUCAUCCGUGAUCCAAGACCAUGUCAUUCACGAAGAACUGCUAAAGCCCCCAUCCGACCUGCUGAAAUACAUCCACUAUUUUGCAAGCGCAUACUAUGAUGCCAUGGGACAGCUUCGCGAUGUCACCAAAGAUGUACAACAAAGGAAGAUGGCAAGAAAGUUGGCUAGACUGCAGGCCGGCGGAGAAGAGCAGUCCCAAUCGGAACAGAAUAUAGAGACAACGCAUAGACGAUUAAAUAACGACGAUGUGCAACAUGACACAACUGAUGAGGAAAGCAGCUCUAGCGAGGAUGAAUCGGACACAUACGAUGAUCACCAGUCUCGAAAUCAAUCCCGGUUGCAGCGCAACGACAAACCGAAUAUGUAUAAGGCGUUUGACGGUUCAGCUCUUAUGACAAUUGGCAUGCUUGUGCAGGAACAUAUUCGCCAAUUGUUGCAGCCGUCCAUUCCAGAUAAAUGGGAAGUGGACACGGCGGCAUUGGAAGGAGCGAAGGCACUUAAUGGCCGUGCAAAUGGUCGGCGCCGUCGAAAACCAAAGGGAUUAUUCGGUUCCGAUGAAGACACAGCUGAGGAUGGAGAUACCAGUGACGAAGAUAACGAGGGAUUUGAGAACGUCCAUAUUGAAGGAAUCGGAAGGGAAACCAGAGGUGUCGACCUCCCACAGUUCGAGAUACCAUACGAGGACAAUAAUUCGGAGGACGAGGACUACACACCCGAUUAG